UUCAUCAUCAACAAAAAUAUACACAGAAUACAACAUGUCUACAACAGAUCCAACUGCCAAAAAGGGCGUUCAAAGCGGUCAACAUUUAUCGGCCGAUGAAAAGAUCAAAACCGCUUUUGCUUUGGUAAAUGAAAUUCAAACUGGAAUGCUUACAACCCGUUCUCCCGAUGGAAAAUUGGCAAGUCGUGCAAUGAUUCAUGCCACUUUGGAAAAUAACAUUUUCAGCUUUUACUUUAAUCGUGAAUCAGGUAAAGCGGAUGACGUAAAAACAGACGAUCAAGUUAAUUUGAGCUAUUUAAAUCCAAAGAAUGGAGAUUGGGUUUCCGUUUCCGGAAAAGCAACUAUCAACACAGAUAAGAAUAAAGUGAAGAAGCAUUGGAGCUCUGCAUUGAAAGCUUGGUUUGACGAUAAAAAGGAUGGCAAACAUACAGGUGACGAAAAUGAUCCAAGAGUUGCUCUAAUCGACGUUCAUCCAGAGGUGAGUCUUUUUCCUUUCCUUAUUCUCCAAUAGUCCAUCUCUGAUACCUUUUUCUUUCUCACAGGAAAUCCGUCUUUUCAAAGCUGAUGGCAAGUUGAGAUUCUUAUUCGAAACUGCAACCGCAGCAUUGUCCGGUGAACCAGCUUCAGGUGGUAAGAUGUUGAUCAUUGAUGAAUCAGAACUCCAAGCCCACGCAAAGGUGCAUUAAGCUUAGUCAUAAUGAUGUAUAGUCAGAUCCUUACACAAGAAAUGUUAUCAAUCGAAUGAUACUAUCAUCAUUCAUCAUCUCUUCUUCCGUCGUGAAAUUCGUCAUCAUAUCCAUUCCUUCUUUGAUUCGAAAUUGUGCUUUUGAUGAGUGUCAGAUUCGACAUGCUUUUGCCAAAAGCCUGAGCAAAUUGAUUCAACAUCUUCAAUCUCUUUUGGCGUUUCCGCGUUCAGGAUAAUAUUGCCUUUCUCGCCGUAAACAGCAACA